AUACGUGGUCUCACUUCCGCUUCCGCAGAUGGUUGGGUCGCGCCAUUUGGAUCGUGACCAUUGUUAAGGUUAAGGGCCGGGAAGAUCGUCGUCGUCCACGACGAAAGGGGAGGCCGACUACUCCCUGGAAACGAGCGUCGCGCUCACCGUUCGCGCUUUCCCCGCUUCGUGCAGCCCCGUCCUAUCGACCUGUCGGCACGUCGGCAUCAUCGAGACACUUUUUAUCACUUUGGCACUGACGAAACAUGGCUUAUUGAAGAAGAUGACGGCCGUGCGAAAAUAUACCAUUUCUCCGAGGAGAGGAGACGGAGGAGAUCGCAGCUGCGACGAGGCGAGUCACCAGACUGGCUUCAAUCGAUUGUUCACCAAUGGAUGUAAGGACGAAACUUGCGCCGACCCCCGCAGGGGGGAGUGCUACUGAUGCGAGGAACCAAGAUGUUAACAACGAGCUCUACCUGGGAACAUUGCGCAAAAGAGAACCUAUUGGCGCUGGUAAUUUUGCUAAAAAUGAACAACCAAGGUACAAUGUACAGAAAGCAAAAGAUCCUGUUAAGAGACAGAGACCUAAAGGACAACAUCAUGGCGGUGCAGAGAAGAAUUCCAAGGUAGUAGAAAACAAGUUACCUGAGUGUGACUCAGGAUUGGUCCAAGGAAGAAAAACGAAUGGCAAUUAUUUGCUGAAUUUUCAUCAUUACGCACGAAAUAAAACGCGAGAUGCACAAAGCAGGGAUGUAGGAAGGCAUAGUUGCAACAAGGAUAGAUUGCUUCCACCGGUGCAGCGGCAUAAAUACAACAAAGAACAAUUUAUACAAGCCAGCUGCCAGUUUGUUGUGACUGCGAAUGGAGAUUAUUCCUCAUAUUUGACCAACGCUGACAUGCUUGUGGAUUGGAAAUUGAUUGAGCAAAUUAAAUUACACAAUUCGGAAAAUCUCUCUUGCCCUAUUUGUUUGGAUGCGCCAGUCGCGGGCAAAAUGACUCGCUGUGGUCAUGUCUAUUGCUGGCCUUGUAUUCUCCGUUACUUACGUUAUUGUCAAGAAACAGGCAAUUACAAAUGUCCGAUUUGCGAUGAAUAUUUGCAUAAAAAUGAUUUAAAGAGUGUGAUCGAGAUUACGCGACACACGUAUAACUUGGGUGAUACGAUCAGUCUACGUUUGAUGCGACGCGAAAAGAAUUCGUUAUUUGCGACGCCCGUUGAACCUAUGAUUCAUCCACCGACAACAUUUCUAUCCGUUUCGAAUAAUGCCACUAAUCAGAUAUACUCAAAGCUUCUUAUCGCAAGUGCAAAAGAUAUUAUGGACAUCAUAGAGCGCGAGCGUUUUGAAUUGGAACUUGAACGUAGGAAUAAUCCAGAUAUGGCUUUCGACAUUGAGCAAGCGCUCAAUGAAUUAUUGAAAAGGAAGGAAAAGCUGAAGGAUGCAGAGUCUAAAGAUACUCUAUCUGUGGAAAAUAUCAAGAAAGACACUACUGAAGAAACACCACAAGGACAUGAAAUAAAUGCCAAUACAUGUUGCAAAGAAGAUACUACAUCUCUAGUAAAACAAUCUUCAACGGAUAGUGUUUCCAGUGACAGUCAAUCUGUUUCAAAUUCAAAUUCCAAGUUUUUAUACUUUUAUCAAGCUGAAGACGGGCAGCACAUGUAUCUUGGCCGAUUGAAUGUGAGCAUGUUGAAGGAGCAAUAUGGUAGUCUAGAGUUUUGCCCACCUGUUAUAACGGGUAAGCUUCUCGAAAAACAAGCAAGCAUCUGCACGGAACUCUUGAGACAGAACUUACGAUAUCUCUGUCAUUUACCACUUACUUGUCUAUUCGAAUCGGUUGAAAUCGAAUUAAAACCACCACUCGUAUCGGAGGAAGUUCUUUGUAAUUUCCAUGUGGAAUUGAAUUUGAGACAGAAAAACAGGAAAGAGAAGGAACGCGAGGAAAAGAAAAGGGAGAAAAAAAUAAUAGAAGUGGAGAAUAAACUAAUUGGCAUUUAUCCGAUACCCAACAUAGACAUUGAAUCGCAUCAACAUUUUCCUCAAUUACAAGCCGAACUGCAACUUUCCAACGAGCACGUACUAUCGCUCUCAGAAUCAGCAACUUCGAGCAUCGCUAGUAGUCCGCCUUUGAGCGCGUUCGAUGAAAUCCCGAAGCAAGAAACGGACCAUCCAUCGCAUGGACAGACCCGAACAUUCGCCGACAUAACGAAAAAGUUACCGUCAACUAUGCCAAUAAAGACGUACAACAAAUCUACCAAUGCUUGGCCGUCUGUAAAAUCGAGAAAGUCCAAUCGAGAAGGUACAACGUCAUCCAACAAGGAUGAAGAAGAAGCGUCGCCGAAACUAGUAACAAAGACACAUAAGCCUGCCAAUGCUUGGUCUGUAAAAUCGAAAAUGUAUUCUGCAACAGGAACCUCUUCGUCCAAUGAAGAUGAAAAAAAACUUGACGCUUCUGAACAAGCCAAGGAUGACGGUGGCAUAGCUGGUAAGAAGAAGAAGAAAAAGAAGAAUAAAGGAACUGUACUUUUAACAACUGGCAUGACAUCCGGUUAUUCCUUGUAAUUAGUUAUACGAUUGCAUGAUAUUUUUUGCGUGCUAAUUUUCUUGCUAUAUAAUAUGGUUAUUGGUAACUUCAUUGGAUCAAUUGUAGACUUUUAAUUUCGUUACAAUUCUUGUGUGCUACCAUCAUUUAAUAUCGUACGAAACGUACUGAAUGUCUUCAUUUCUGUACUGAAAAUUAUCAUAAUUAUUUACCGUAUAAAGAGCAAUUAUUUGCUGUAGAGUUCUCGCAUAUUGUGCUUAUGAAUAAAAUUUUACUUCAUUUA